AUGUGGACUCCCAGCCGGAGACAGCUCUGCCUGUCAUUCCUGUUGGUCUGUGUGCUCUCUGCCGGCUCCUUCUUUUUCCACCUGAAUGGAAGAAACUUCUUUCGAAAUGGUCUAACUCUCUCUGUCCUGUGUUCAGACUAUCACCUGUUGAGGUCCCCAGUGGCAAUGGUAUGCCUACCUCAUCCACUGCAGACAUCCAAUGGCUCUUCUUCCUGUCCUGAGCAGUCCUCCUUGCUCUCUGGGACUUGGACAAUCACCCCAGGAGGCAGGUUUGGUAACCAGAUGGGGCAGUAUGCCACAUUGUUGGCUCUAGCCCAGCUCAAUGGCCGCCAAGCCUUCAUCCAGCCUGAGAUGCAUGCCACUCUGGCCCCUGUGUUCCGGAUCUCCCUGCCAGUGCUGGACCCUGAGGUGGACAGCCUCACACCUUGGCAGCACUUAGUCCUACAUGACUGGAUGUCAGAGGAGUACUCUCACCUGGAAGACCCAUUUCUCAAGCUGUCUGGUUUCCCCUGCUCAUGGACCUUUUUCCACCAUCUCCGGGAACAGAUUCGCAGGGAAUUCACCCUGCAUGACCACCUACGGGAAGGUGCUCAGCACCUGUUGAGUGGGCUCCGUAUAGGCCCGGCAGGCAUCCGCCCUCACACAUUUGUGGGUGUCCAUGUGCGUCGUGGAGACUAUCUGGAGGUGAUGCCCAAUCGCUGGAAGGGUGUGGUGGGUGACCGAACUUACCUCCAGCAAGCCAUGGAUUGGUUCCGGGCCCGGCACAAAGACCCCAUCUUUGUGGUCACCAGCAAUGGCAUGAAAUGGUGUUUGGAAAACAUCGACACAUCCCAUGGUGAUGUGGUCUUCGCUGGCAAUGGCCAGGAGGGUACACCGGGGAAGGAUUUUGCCCUGCUCACACAAUGUAACCACACCAUCAUGACUGUUGGCACCUUUGGCUUCUGGGCUGCCUACCUGGCAGGUGGAGACACUGUCUACCUUGCUAACUUCACCCUGCCAGAUUCGGAGUUUCUGAAGAUCUUCAGGCCUAAGGCUGCCUUCCUGCCCGAGUGGGUGGGCAUUAAUGCAGACUUGUCCCCACUGCAGGCUCAGUUUGACCCUUGGGAGACAGACAGUCUUUUUAGAUUGGUCUGACUCAUCAAGAGUCAGCCAUCCAUGCUGGGCAGUGGUGGCACACGCCUUUA